GAGGGGUCUGAACGGGAAAGGGCCGUACUAGUGGCGGAACCUCGCUGCUUAGCAGUCGUACUCUACGGAACCAUUUUAAUGUGACUCCGUGAUGGCAACUGUGGUGAGAGGACAUGUGCAAUUGUCAGGGGAUGAUGCAGAGCAUCAGCUUGAGGACAACAAUGACCAGAGUGAUUCUGAAGAAAGAAGGAAGGCUGAAAGGUCAGAUGAUGGAGCGAGUGAUGGAGGGAGCAAUGGGGAGGGUGCAGAAGAUGAAGAUGGAGGAGAGAACGAGGAAGAAGAGGACAGUAACGCCAAUGCUGGAUGGGCGGAGGCCAUGGCAAAGAUCCUGGGGAAGAAAACCCCCGAGAGCAAAAGCAGCAUCCUGGUAAAGAACAAAGAGCUGGACAAGAUGAAGGAGAGAGAGAGACAGGAGCAGCUGGAGAGAAGGAAACAGGUUGACAAGAGGCGAACAUGGGAGAUGAUGUGCAGGGAGAAACUUGACACAGUGAAGGACCGUGAGACUGAAAGAGCUCUACAGAGGAUUGCUACCAGAGGGGUGGUGCAGCUUUUCAAUGCUGUGAGGAAACACCAGAAAAUGAUGGACGACAAGGUGAAGGAAGUAGGUGGCUCAGAGAGGAAGAAGGCCAAGAUUCUUUGUUCUGUCUCUAAGAAAGACUUCAUCGAUGUGCUGAAGACAGAGGGAGGCAGUAGCAGCACAGACAAGGCUGAAAAGGACACUGCUGCUGCAGCAGAGGAGAAGCCCAUCUGGAGUGUCCUCAGAGAUGACUUCAUGAUGGGAGCCACUAUGAGAGACUGGGACAAAGACAGUGACAGAGAGGAGGCAGAUCCACACACCGGAGGGGGCGCAGAGGAAAGUGAUUCAGACUGACACCUUCCAUACAGACUGAAAUAACUGUGUCGAGCAGGAUGUGGUGCCUUCAGAGACAGUAUGGGAAAAGGAUAAUAAACCCUGACCUGCAAAAAACAGCUUUACACGUCUUGCAACUGGAAAUUAGUACAUGAGAAAAUAAUGUAGCCAUUCCCUGCUCUUUUUCAGUUCAUGGACUGCACAGAAAGGAUGGAGAAAAUCAAGAAAUUAUCCUUUACUGAGUUCCAGAUUUAUUGAUUACAAAGAGACAACCUUUUUAUAGCAUGUCAUAUUUUGAUAUCAGUUGCUGAAUAUAUUGUGCAGAGAAGGGAAAGACUGGUGACUGUAAACUAUCCUGUGCUCUGAAAAGGAUUAUAUGGAAACGGAAAAGGAGAUUAGAGAAAGUCAAAGAAACUCCUCUCUGGGUGGAGCUGCAUACCUUCCAUUAUUGAGUCAGCAUCAUCAUUGCUCCUGUUUAGUUUACAAACUGUUUUAUGAUUGAACAACCUGUUGUGGUGUAAACUCUGUAAAUACAAAUGUUUAGUACAGUGCUGGUUGAAUAAACAGCCAAUUCAUGUAUGAGUGCUCACUCCGUA